AGCAGAUAAUAAGAUGGGGUGAGCGAGGAGGACAAAAGAGAUCAGAGCGAGGGGCAAGAAAUGGGCCCCUCAAAGCCUGCUUCAGAAAUGAGUGCCCCUAACGUCCUUUCUCUCUCUCUUUUCUCUGCGGCAGAGCUUCUUCCUCCCUCUGCCUCUAUUAAUGAGCCACUUUUGUCCCUCACCAUUCAAACAUGCGCGCAUAGCCUCCUUUUUCUUCUUCUUCCAUCGUAUAUGUAUGUUUUAAGUGUGAGUGCAAACUGUUGAGAGAAGAAGACAAGAAUGGGGCCAUAAGGAGCAGAAGUAUACCGCCUCAUUUUUUGGGUUUCCGGCAUGGUUUAAGGUUUCAACUUCGAGCAAGAUAACCGGUGGACAAGUACGUAUACGGGCUAUCAGCUGUCAAAUAUUCGGACCGUCUCCGGUUCUUCAAGUAAUACAGUGACUUACCUUGCUUUCUGGUGGAUGAGGACACCAUUUGCAGCGUAAACUUCGAUGCGGCUUUGAUAUAUAGCCGAUAAAUGAACAAAGAGAGUUCUUGAAAGGAAGAAAGAUAUCGAGAUUUUUUUCCUCCUAUCAACCUAGAGUAGAUCCCUUAAUCAUUAUGUGGAUGCAAAAAGGAAUGUUGAGUGCUCCUGAGGAGAUAGGUGGCCGGGAUUCAAGUGUCAUAAAUGAAACUCCACAAAAUGCGACGCCCAACUCACUCAUUCAGUGUUAUUCAUUAAACCUCAAUGGCCAAACCCGUAUCACAGAUGGAAUAUCAAUGCUUUCUGGUUCUGAAGUGCAUGGUGCAUCUGUAAGUAAUGUGAAUGCGCACCUGAUAAAUCCUCAAAGUAUUGAUUCUGAUAUACUUGCUUCAUCGCAAGGAAAGAACAUUUUUGGAUAUGCAUCACAUGGAACUUCAUGUCCCAUGAAUAACAGCGAGUUUCAAGAGCAAACAGCUGGAGGAACACCAGUUACCCCUGCUUCACUUGCUGGUAUUCUUGCUGCUAGAAUUGGUCUUCAAGAAAAUUUAGAGAAACCACAAGGUUUGUCUCCUUCAUUCAGUUCAUUGGACUCAUUGGGACCUUUUGUGUUAGACAAUUGGUCGUAUAUUCCAAACCAUUUGCAUUUAACUUCCCGAGACCAUGGCUGCAACAAUCAUAUGCCUGAUGGAAACUUGGAUUCAAAUGGGUGGGCCUCAUCAAAUGUUACAAACUUGAGCAGCCAUGCUUAUGUUUCACCUAAGUUUAGUAAUGAGCCUGUACUAAGUCUUGCAACAUCUCCAGCCACAGGCCAGUUAUCAGAGGUGAGUUGUUCUGAUGAAGUCACCCGUUGCUUCAAUAAAACAAGGUCAGGCUUGGAACAUCCCUCUUGCAGCAACAGGGAGCUUGCCAUGAGUUUGAACUCAAACAGACACUUUCAUUUUUCACAAGCAAUGUCGGGAUCAAGAUAUCUUACUGGAGUUCAGGAGAUACUCGCUCAACUUGCAAGAUUUUCACUCGAGAAUCUUGAGCAGGUAAGAUAUUCAGAAGCAAGUUCUAUGUUCAAAUUCCACAUGGAAGCUCCAUUGCAAAGACAUGCAGCUGAAUCCAAGAAAUCCCAGCUGCUGACACUAUUAGAACUGGUGGACAACCGAUAUAAUCAAUGUUUGGAUGAGAUUCAUACUGUCGUGUCUGCAUUCCAUGCUGCUACAGAGCUGGACCCACGCGUUCAUGCGCAUUUUGCUCUUCAAACAAUCUCUAUCCUAUACAAGAACUUGCGAGAGAGGAUUAGCAAUUGCAUUCUUUCCAUGGGGCCAGAUUUUGACAAUUUAUGCACAGUGGACAAUGAAAGAUCUGUUGAAACUUCACUCAUCCAUAAGCAAUUGGCUCUCCAACAGUUGAAACGAAAAGAUCAUCAAUUAUGGAGGCCGCAAAGGGGCUUGCCAGAAAACUCUGUCUCAGUCUUACGUGCCUGGAUGUUUCAGAACUUUCUCCAUCCGUAUCCUAAAGAUUCAGAGAAGCAUUUACUUGCACUAAGAACUGGGUUGACGAGAAGCCAGGUGUCUAACUGGUUCAUAAAUGCUCGUGUUCGGCUAUGGAAACCCAUGAUUGAGGAAAUGUACGCUGAACUGGAUCAUAAAAGAAAGGCUAGUCGAAAUGAAGGAGGAAUAGAGAGCAGCCAUGGAAGGCUUGAGCGAUGAAAUAUGAGGAAACAUUUCUGGAUCAUAAAUGCUUUUGUGAAUCAAGUCUAACUGAAGACAAAUCACAUAAUUUGCCCUGCAUAGUUGGAUAUUGCAGGUGUACAGUGCUAAUAGAAAUCUACUAAUAGGAAUCUACUUUCAGUGAUAAUUCGACAAAAGGUGCUUUAA